GUUGAUGGUGUGUGUGUGUGUUGUGUGGUUGCUGCUACGAGCAAGGCUAGACAGGCAGUAUGGCGGAGGAAGCCAGUGCGUACGAGUUAGAGGGGCUAGAAAAUCAAUUGGAGAAUUUGUUAAGCUGUUACUCAAGUGAUGCACUGCGAGUCGAUAGUAAACUGUUCUGUUCUGAGUUUUGCAAGCUGGUGGAGGAGUACGCUUCUCACUGGCAGGUGCCUCUGCCUCAGCUCAGGAUCCUUGAGAUAGCUCUUGUCUACUUCACUCAAGCCUCCAGCUUCUUCACAUCAAACUGUGAUCAUGUGGUUCAUACGCUCAGUAGUCUGGCCUUGUAAGUACACAGACGUCCCUAGAGAGGUGCUUUUCAGUCUUUGCAC